UUUACGUUUUAGAAAAAUGUUACAAUUAGCCAAUUCGUAUAUAAAAACUAUUACUUACUUACUUCUUAUUUAGCAAAUGUGUCAGGCACAGUCAUUUAACCAAUUAACACUGUUUGAUUUUGGCAGUCAUUUUAAAACCCCAACUACUUUAUUUUGGAGUGUAAGUUAAUUUUAGCAUCACACUUGGACAGGUAUCAACAACAUACUUCCUAUUCAGUUUAUGCUCUGCAGCCAUACAUGUCAUUUGAACGUCCAUUUCUGUAUUUCAGUUUGCAUUGAAUAACUGUAACAGAAACAAGCUGAACUCCCAACAGGGAUUCAAUGUAGGGACUGGGCCUCAGCCUGAAGGAAAUAUGGAUAUAUAUCACUUGCCCUUGCUCUGAGUGACAUGAUUUGAAAAACUGGACUGUUUCAUAAGCACAGUAAUGAACAGCACUCUCACCUUUUGUAUGUAUAUGAAGCGAGUCUCACCCAAGUGCCAUAUGGCAGGAAUAUUACAGCUGCAGAAGCCAAUGAAGCAACAGUUGCUUGCCUGUGUCUGCUAUAUUUAUCAUAUUUGCUAUGAUACAGAAAUAUGUGACAUGACUGCACUGUGCUGCCCUGGCUCCAUCCUGACCAAGUGUCAAAUUUCAGCAUCAUACCAGUGUCUUGUGCUUUGCUUACCACCACGAGAGAGGCAGUGUGGUAGCAAUGACACAGUGACCGACCACUGGUCAUCAGUCUCUGACAGAAAUCACUGAGGGAAGGAUAACAGAAAGGACACACUGGCUUCGAAAAAGUGGUGUGGCUAGUAGAGAGCUUGUGUAGUGUGUAUUUUGUAGUUUUAGUUUUUGAGUUAUUUUCUGUGGUAGGAGGAGGAGUGAAAUAAAAGAAAAACAGAGAAAAGGAACGUGAGGAAAUGACACUUGGCCUGAAUGAGUGUCUGAGAGCGUUUGGGCUACAGCAUCACUAUGCUAGGUUUACCUCCAUGGGAGUUCAUCAUGCAGCCCACCUCUCAGCACUGACUAUGGAGGACUAUCCCAUCCUAGGAGUCUGCACUAUGGAGGACAGGACUCGACUCUUCCAUCUGGUCCAAAUGAUCAAAACUCUUGACCUGGAGGGUCUUGGAUAUGAAGAUGGUGAUGAUUAUGAUGAUUAUGGUGCUGAUGAUGGUGAUGAACGCUAUGCUGUAGUGGAUAGGAGCUUUACUUAUGAUGGCUAUGGAGAUCCUGAUGAAGAUGUAUAUAAUGAUGAAGAUGAGAAGGGUGGUGCCAUGAAUAAGCUAUAUGCAGCCACUUUUGCCAGACCAUCACACGUUCGCAGACGGCUUGAUUUCACUUCUGAAACCUUUGAUCAUCAUCAGAAGCUACUUUCUUGUCCAGUAGGCUCUGUUAAUGUCUGCGCAAGUCAUAAAAGAAAUAAUGGGCGAGUCCAGAGCAAAGGGUCAGCUGCACCUCUGCAGCAUGAGCUUGACAGUGGAAGUGCUGUGGUUUGUGGCUCCAAAGGGAACCACAACCACAGGACGUAUGCCCAUAGUCGUCCUUCAAAUCAUCACACGGGAGGAAACACCAAGUCAGACAUCAUAAGAGGAACUGCCAUGCACAACUCUGACACCAGAUUAUCACCAAAGUUUGUCUCAGUCCACAAACAAAAACCCAGGCCUGCAACAGUGGCAUCAAAGAGGUUUGACAACAAACCAGGUGGACACAAAGACAGGAAAAGAUUCUUUAAGAAGGAAAAACUUAAUACAGACAUAGCCAGUAAUGGGGCUUCUGGACACAUGGCUAAGCCAACACCUAUUUAUGAACCAAAGAGAACAGCUGGCUACAACUAUGGAGUACCACAGAGUUCCCCUCCUGCUUCAAACAAAAAGCAAGAAGGAGCACAGCGGAUUAGUGUGUGUGUGAGGAAAAGACCUCUGACACAUGCAGAAAGCAGGAGAGAAGCAGAUGUUGUAACAACUUCAGACGGAGAGUGUGUGAUUGUCCACGAAAGCAAAGAAGCUGUGGAUCUCACACAAUACAUACUACAGCACAGGUUCUACUUUGACAAGGUUUUUGGAGAAGAGAGCUCCAAUGAGGAGGUGUAUCAACAAACAGCAUUUCCUCUGGUGCAGCACAUGCUCAAUGGAGGCAAGGCCACCUGCUUUGCAUAUGGCCAGACAGGUGCAGGGAAGACUCACACCAUGUUGGGUUCAUCCCCCGGGAGACCAGGGUUGUAUGCACUUGCUGUUCGGGACAUUUUUGCUCACCUGUCCACCACACACAUUAACUUACCCCUGCUGGUGUAUGUCAGUUUCUUUGAGAUUUAUUGUGGUCAGCUGUAUGACCUGCUGGAUCACAGGAAAAGGUUAUUUGCCAGGGAGGAUGGACAGAAGGUGGUUCACAUUGCAGGCCUGCAUGAUGUCAGGGUGGACUCGGUCAGCUCACUGCUGGAGGUGAUUUCACAAGGUACAGAGGAACGCACGCAGGGGAUGAGUGGAGUGAAUCCACUUUCUUCUCGUUCUCAUGCUUUGCUUCAGAUUCAGCUUAGAUGCCCAAACCAGCAGAUAGCUGGCAGAAUGUGGUUUGUGGAUCUGGCAGGAAGUGAGAGGGCAUCAGAUACCAAAGAACCAGAUAGGCAGAGUCGUAUGGAGGGAGCUGAGAUCAACCAGAGUCUGUUGGCUCUUAAAGAAUGUAUUAGGUCUCUUGAUCAAGAGCAAUCACACACACCUUUCAGACAAAGCAAACUCACUCAGGUUUUGAAAGACUCAUUUGUUGGUGACUCAAUGACAUGUAUGAUUGCCAACAUUUCACCUGGUCACUUAGCAACUGAACACACACUUAAUACACUGAGAUAUGCUGAUCGGGUGAAGGAGUUGAGAGGACAAGGAGGACUAAGAGGAGGAAGAAGAGGCAAGACAAUACCCUCCCCCAAACAUAACCUAUCCAACAGCAGCAGCAGCAGUGUUGGCACCCGAGGGAAAAGUCCCCCUAAAAAGCAGAAGUUGGGGAGACAAAAAGAGGCUUUCAGUCCCACCACACCUAUCGCAAGGCUGCCCACAGGGGAUGCAAUUCUCUGCUCCACACCCAAGAACAGCAGAUGGGAAGCGAAAACAAGUGCAAGGCACAGAAAAGGGAUUGGACUUGAACAUAUUUCACCAGUUAGGGGUUGGCUAGGAAUGGGUGAUAAGAGGCAUGGGAGGGAGGGAGAAAGUGAAAGGAAAGACAGGAGAAGAGAAAAUGAAAGGCAUGGAAGAACUAACAGUCAUUCUGAUAGUGACCAAUACGCCAGGGCAGGGCUGGUGUUGGGAGAGCCAAUAGAUGAGCAGCUUAAUUUGCCUGGGGUACAAGAGUCUUUAUCUCAAAGUGAAUCUGGAAUCUACCAUAGAGAAAAACAGAACCAGCAUCGGACUGUGAAAGCCGCGAGAGAGGAGAAAAGAAUAUGGAUAAAGCAGCAAAAACAAGUGGAAAGCAGUAGAGACAGUUGUAGUGAAGUAGAAAGGCUAAAGGAAACAGAUUUAAAAAAGGUUGAUGAAAGGGAUAAGGAGAGGCACAGGCAUCUGAGACAGUAUCACCAGCAGCUGCAGCAGUUUAUGCCCUCAUCUGCUUCUUCGUCUGUCAGUCUCUUCUCACCUUCUACACGUCCAUCUUUCUCUUCCUCUUGUCAGGCCUCUCUCUCUUCCUCCUCUUCUCUCCAACAGUCUUCCCAUUUCUCAUCUUCUGCCUUCAUUUAUCAUGGUUUGGAAGAGGUUUUAAAUGCAUACAGAGCCGGGGUUGAGGUUAGGGCUGAGGGUAAUAGAGGAGAGUUGCCUUUUCCCAGUGGUGAGAUUCACUUACAAACUGAAACCUCUCCAAGCUGCAAUAAUAAUGAUGAUGGAGAUGCCUAUGGUGACUCUGGUGGUGUUGGUGAAGACUGGAAGGUAUCUUGGGAAGGAACACGGGCAGAAGGCAGAGGUGAAAGUUAUAAGUGGAGGUCAGUGGUGGGCACAGGUGAAGCAAGAGUAAAGAAGAAAGAAAGGAGGAAAGAAAGGAAGCCAGCUGGGAUGGAAGGGGAAGAGAGGAGGUGGGCCUGGGUGGCAACAACAGAGACGGAGCAAACAGAUACGAUGACAGGUGCAAUGCGGACUAAUGUAGUGGCACAAGUGUCUUGCAGCUGUCAUUCAGAAGCCAGAAGACAUGUGGUUGAGGAAGGACUGGAUUCCUCAGAUGCCCCAGCUGAUGGGGUGUGGAGUACUGAGGAGGAAGGAGGAGCUGACAGCUACAGUUCCGUCUCCGCCCCUAACAACAAUGACAACAACAGCCUCUUUAACCACCCUUCUUUUGAAUCACCACAUCGGCGAGCUCCAGCAGAACGACCUCUCUCCCCAGCCUGUGAACAUAUCAACGCACUCCUGGUGCCAAACAAACUAAGUGAUCUCUCUCGUGAUUCAAAACAAACCAGAUGCACCUCCAACAUCCUGCCUCUACCAUUGAAAAAUACCAAAUUUUCAAAUGCUCAGUCAACUACACUUCCUCUCUCUACUUCCAUCACACAGACUGGAUAUAUGAUACCUACUGAGGCUGUUAACAAACUACCUGGAAAUCCAACUUGUACUCAGGUACACAACCAUCCAGGACUCAAAGCCAAGAUGUCUGGUUUACCUCAAGAUGAGACUCAUGCAGAUGGAAAGGGCAUGUGUUGUGCCACAUAUGAGCACCAUGGAAUAGGUGGGACAAAACCUCCUAUGCCUGAAGUUAUGCUUGUCUCUCUCCAAGACCAAGAAAACAGUCAGAAACCCAAAACCAUGCCAGUCCUUGGCAACAAAGCCCCUGCAUCCCCACUUAAACCUUCUACAUGUGCUUCUAUGCAAACUUCUGCCAGGCAGUCUAUCUCACCCCCUGUGCAGCACUCAUGGAACACUGGUUCAUCCAGCUCAAUCCCAAAUGGUGCCACACAAAUCUCAACAGAAUAUACAUACAACAUGCACAACAAACCUGCCUCUUCCACUGCAACGCCACAGUCAGAAAGUGUCUUGGGCCAGUGUCACACAGUACAUACAAGCCAUUCCAGCAAUUCAAACAACUCACUCCAACCGAACAGUCCUGCAGAGUCAAAUGGUCAAGAAAGCACAAGCAAUCAGCAAAUUAGACCCAUAAUCCAUUUGUCUGCCCUAGAAGACUUGGAUCAUGACCAGUGGCAUGUUGUCCAGGCCCACUGGGCGCAGCUAGAGGAGAUGGAAGACCUAUGUCAUAAAGAGGGGACACUUCUGUGCCAGCAACCUGAUAUGGCAUUUGGGGAAUAUGUCCACAAGCUGGAAGAGAUCAUGGAGAGAAAGGCUCAGUGUGUCCACAGCAUGAGAGCUCAGCUGCAGCCAUAUCUGAAGCCUAGUCAUUUUAGCCAACCACACAACCAAAGAGAAGAUAAUAACAAUCCAAUUACUUGAAUUAACAAAGUUUAUAAGCAGGAAUAUUUCCAAUUUAUAUACAGCCCAUACACUGAAGAAAUGCCAGUUAUGCAAGGUUGUCAUGGUGUUUUAUAGCUGCUUAAUAUAUUUUUCACUGACAAAGCUAAAUACAACAUGAGUAAAAUACAUUAUCAAUGUUUUGCUUAAAAGUUUACUAGAAAUUGUACAAAGAUCAUGACAAGAGAUGUGUUUCAUGAGGGUUCUCGCAGUGAAACUAGAGACAUAUUCUCCCAUUCCAUUUUUCCAUGGAGGCAAACAGUAAUAUUGUAUAUAUUAGAAUCAGAAGGGAAAAGUAAAACUGUGUGUGUGUGUGUGUCUAUUACAUUACUGUGGAUACUUGAAUUACAGGUAUUUAUAAAUGAAGCUAUUUUGAUAGGUGCUAUCUAUGUACUGUAAACUGCAUCUUUUAAUUUAAGCUUAAGGGUUGUACUUUUGCAAGUCCAGUCUCUCCUUGUAUCAGACUGUUCAUGUUUCCUCAGUUUUGGUCUUGCCUUGUUUUUUCUUGGUCUUAAAAGAAAAUUACAAAUCAUGUUUUGUUUUUGCCAUUAAAAACCAAAUGGAAAUAA